UACUUGUAGCACACGUACCGGGACAAACCAAGGACAAAAAGUCCUACAAAAACUCCCUUAAAUAUCACCAACCGUACCAGCCCACCACAUAACCCAUGGCGCCCGUACCGAAGCCUCAGCCGGCGGCGGAGGAACAGUCCGUGGGGAUCCGAGCGAUCCUACUGGGGCCCCCCGGUGCCGGGAAAGGCACACAGGCUCCCAAGCUGGCUGAGAAGUACUGUGUGUGUCAUCUUGCCACAGGUGAUAUGCUUCGUGCUGUGGUUGCCUCUGGAUCCGAGUUAGGAAAAAGGCUGAAAGAGACUAUGGACCAGGGUAAACUGGUGAGUGAUGAGAUGGUGGUGGAGAUGAUUGACAACAACCUGGACAAACCUGAGUGUAAGAACGGAUUCCUCCUGGACGGGUUCCCUCGUACUGUCACUCAGGCCAAGAAGUUGGAUGACCUGCUGGACACCAGGGAGUCCAAGCUGGACUCUGUUGUGGAGUUUGGGAUCGAUGAUUCUCUCCUGGUCAGGAGGAUCUGUGGCAGGCUGAUCCACAAGCCCAGUGGGAGGUCGUACCAUGAAGAGUUUAACCCUCCAAAGGUGGACAUGACCGAUGAUGUGACCGGUGAGCCGUUGAUACGCCGGUCAGACGAUAACGCGGAAACGCUGACGAAGCGACUUGAAGCGUACCACACCCAGACCAAACCUCUUGUGGACUACUACCAGAAGAGGAACCUCCACGCCAAGGUCGACGCCGCGCAGAGCCCCGACAUCGUCUUCGCAAGCAUCCAGGCAAUUUUCGCCCAGGCAACCAGUAAAGAUAAAGUGCUGUUCAUGUGAACGUCACAAGGGGGUAUUGCUGCAUAUGGUACAGGGAUUUAGUUUGUGCAAAUUGAUUUCUGAAAUUGGGAGCACAAUGAAAUUAGAUGUCUGUCUACAACUUUGGGACCCAACAUUUUUUGCCCAGGCAACUAGUAAUGAUAAAUUGCUGUUCAUGUGAACAUCACAAGGGGGCAGUGCUGCAUAUGGUACAGGGAUUUAGCUGGUUCUGAAAUUAGGAGCACAAUGUAAUUAGAGAUUGACAUGUCUAUAGACAAUUUUGGGACCCAACAAUUUUUGCCCAGGCAACUAGUAAAGAUAAAGUGCUGUUCAUGUGAAUGUCACAAGGGGACAGUGCUUCAUAUGGCACAGGGAUUUAGAUGGUGAAAAUUGAUUUUUCUAAUAGGGAGCACAGUGUAAUUAGAAAUUGACAUGUAUAUCUACAACUUUGGGACCCAACAACCACUAAAGAUAAGGUGCUGUUCAUGUGAAUGUCACAAGGGGGCAGUGCUUCCUAUGGCAAAGGGAUUUGGAUGGUGCAAAUUGGGAGCACAUUGUAAAUCAUGGCAAAGUAAUACUAAUAGAAACUGACAUGUGUAUGCACACCUUUGGGACCCAACAUUAAACUCUGUGCUGUUCAUGUGAAAGUCAAUAGGGGGCAGUGCUUAUGUUAUGACACAGAGAUUUAUGGUACAAGCUGAAACAGGAAAAUGAGAAAGUUACAUCCUUGUCUGUAUCCAACUAUGGGCGCCAACAUGAAUUCCUGUCUGUGAUAUUUUGUAAGUACAUGAGUUUCUGACCCAAACAAUUUACAAAAAUACUUCCACAAAAGUCUUAAAUCUGAACAUUUUUUUGAAGUUUGAAAAAAUACUUUUUCCAUUAGGUUUUACAUAUCAUUUUCCCACAUAACAAGACUUUUCUUUCAAAUAUCACAAAUUAGUGUUAUGUUUGCAAAUACAUGCAGACAACAUUAUAGAAUUUCCAGUAAAAGAUCUUUAUAGUUCUGGUGCAUUAAGAUAAAUCUGUCAGUCACAAAUAUAUGGCCAUAUUUUUACACAUUUAACAGUAAUUUCUCUACAAUGUCUGUCAUACAGAACUAGAAGCAUUACUAUGUAAUCUCCAAGCAGAUGUUAGGAUGAAAAAUCGAAAUGUUUCAUUGACUAGACUUAUCUGAUAAUCUGUAACAAUUUCUGAAAAAAAAAAUGCUGUUCAUGUGAAAGUCAGUAGGGGGCAGUGCUUCUUGUGAUAUAGGAAUUUAGAUUGGUGGCCUAUAGAAUGUAAAAAUGACCAGUUCUGUCUCAGGUGAACAUUGUUUGAUGUCUACAGUGUCAGUAUUUUUGUCUACUCCUACUAUACAGCCUACUCUAAAAUGCUGUAAGUCUAGGGUUGUAGCCUUGAAGUUUGUCUGUGUUGGUACAAGUCAUAGUGAAAACAAAUUUUAAACUGUAACUUCCAACACAUGAUAUUGGCCAUGUCAAAUCUCUAUGACUGAGUACUGUAAAUCUGAAAACUUUCACAGUGGUUUUAUUUUUGUGGUAAAAACUAAAAUAUCCACAGUGUUUUCAUAACACUGUGAUUAUGUCAACUGUGUAUGGCUACGGUACUGUAAGAAUGGAAAUUUAAAAACUGCAAAAAAUCUUCUUGUCUUUCCAACUAGUCCAAAAUGAAACCACUAGGAAAGGAAAUGAAUAGUAAAUCCCCUGAACUAAUUAGUGUAGAAUAUGUCAUGGUGCAAUAGUGGAUUUGGGGGGUUCAGGAAGGAAUCAUUAUCAUGGAAGACGGUGAAAAUUAUUUUCUUCUUCAACAAGCUACUAUAUAGAUGAACAAUAAAGACUUCUUUGGUGU